GCUGCCACUGUUCGCGCAUUCCUCGUCCAGCCAGCUGCAUUGCGCAAGACAAUCCCCUGCCAUUUCUUUCAUUCAGCAACUCGAUCUCUCCUCAAUUCCAACCAGCUGUUCAUGGAAGCUGGUCGAACUCUGUCCCUUGUACUCCUCGUUGGGGUCAUAUGGUCGCAGCUUCAGUUCGGCGCUGAUGCAGCCAGCACGACGGUCUUCACGCUGCUCAACAACUGCACCUACACCGUCUGGCCGGCCACGCUGUCCGGCAAUAGCGCGGUGGCCGUGGGGGGAGGCGGCUUCGAGCUGGCACCCGGCGCCACCGUCUCGUUUCCGGGCCCGGCUGGCUGGUCCGGCCGCUUGUGGGCGCGCACCGACUGCGUCCCGGCGCCCUCCGGCGCGUCCCUAUCAUGCGCUACGGGGGACUGCGGCGGCGCCGUGCGCUGCUCCCUCGGCGGCGCGCCGCCCGUCACCCUCGCGGAGUUCACCCUCGGUGGCGCCGACGGGAAGGACUUUUACGACGUGAGCCUGGUGGACGGGUACAACGUCGGCAUCGGCGUGACGGCGACGGGGGACAAGGUGAACCUCUCGACGUGCGGGUACGCCGGGUGCGUCGGCGACGUGAACGCGCUGUGCCCGGCGGAGCUGCAGGUGGCGGGGAAGGGAGGAGGCCAGUCAUCCGGGACGACGACGGCUGCUGCGACGACAGUGGCGUGCCGGAGCGCGUGCGAGGCGUUCGGGACGCCGGAGUACUGCUGCACCGGGGAGCACGGCGGGCCGGACAGCUGCGGGCCGACGAGGUACUCGCGGCUGUUCAAGGCGGCGUGCCCGGCGGCGUACAGCUACGCGUACGACGACCCCACCAGCACGUUCACGUGCGGCGCCGGCGCGCAGUACCUCAUCACCUUCUGCCCCGCGCAGCAGCAGUGAUUAGCACAACAAAUCUUUGAUUUCUAGUUAGGCCAUCUCUAUUGAUUGGAAGUAUUUUUUUUUCGCCAUGACACGUAUUGUAGCAGUAGUAGUAGGUUAUGCAUGCAAUUUGUUUCGUAAAUUGUCUCCUUUGUUUUGUUAGAAAAGUCUGCAUCUUGAUUUCUCUGUUGUAUAGUUGUAUGGGCAAACCUUUCCCGUUGCAUGUUUUGUUGCGAAAACCCACAGCUUGGUGAUUCGUGUUUGCAGAAAUAUAGCACCAUGAU